AUGACUGCAUUGCUGUCACCAUUCAAUGGCAAAACGAUUGUACUCGAACUUGGUCGCGAAAUAGGCUUCAAAGCUAAACAAGAACUGAUUAAGUAUUUACGAGAACAGCAAGCACGUAUUGCAUAUAUGCUUACAGCUAAUAGUAUUGCUGGCGGAGAACAACAACAAGAUAAAAACGUAUUGAUACAAUAUGCACUUAGUGAUGAUCCAUAUGAACAACAACAAUUAUUUGCAUCUUACUAUUAUCAUGUGGCAACAAUGCCACAUGUAACAAGAAUUCGUGAAAUAUUAUCUGGUAAAUUAGGAUCAAAACUAUUAUUACGCGUAAGUACAUAA